UAGACUAGAUAUUCCACUGUUGAGCAGCAGCUUUCCACUUCCUCCAUCCUGUUCAAGCUCAAUCGCCAUAUCCCAUAUCUUCUCAUCGCCGUUUCAGAUUCCUCACACAGUCAUUCAUACACACACAUUGGGACGGUUGUUGCACAGAUUUUGCGGCCGACGGGAAGCCAAGAAAUGAUCUGUCUCCAGCCCAUCACUAAACCAUCCGUCCUCUACUUGGGCCCCAGAAAACCCCUCAAGAAAUCCCUCAAAACCCUAACUCCAAUCCACUCGCUCCUACAGUACAACCGCAAGCCUCAGCUCGCUGGGGAAACGCCGCGGGUGGUGGUCAUUACCUCCGGAAAAGGCGGUGUCGGCAAAACUACCACCACCGCAAAUAUAGGCCUCUCCCUCGCCCGCCUUGGGUUCUCCGCGGUCGCCAUUGACGCCGACGUAGGUCUCCGAAACCUUGACCUUCUCCUCGGCCUGGAAAAUCGUGUCAAUUACACCGUUGUCGAAGUGCUUAACGGAGAUUGCCGCCUGGAUCAAGCCCUAGUUCGGGACAAACGGUGGUCAAAUUUCGAACUUUUGUGCAUUUCCAAGCCCCGGUCCAAGCUCCCCCUAGGAUUUGGUGGAAAAGCCUUAACUUGGCUAGUUGAAGCCCUUAAAAACCGAGAAGAGGGCGCACCGGACUUUAUACUAAUUGAUUGUCCGGCGGGAAUUGACGCCGGGUUUAUUACAGCUAUUACGCCCGCCAAUGAGGCGGUCUUGGUGACAACGCCAGAUAUCACUAGCCUCCGGGACGCAGAUAGAGUGACGGGCUUGUUGGAGUGUGAUGGAAUUAGGGAUAUCAAGAUGAUUGUGAAUAGAGUAAGGACGGAUAUGAUUAAGGGGGAGGAUAUGAUGUCGGUUUUGGAUGUCCAAGAAAUGCUGGGGUUGCCUUUGUUGGGGGUGAUUCCUGAGGAUUCUGAGGUGAUUCGAAGCACAAAUAGAGGGUAUCCGUUGGUUUUGAAUAAGCCGCCUGCUUUGGCAGGAUUGGCAUUUGAGCAGGCCGCUUGGAGGUUGGUGGAGCAGGAUAGUAUGAAGGCAGUGAUGGUGGAGGAGGAACCCAAAAAACGUGGGUUUUUCUCUUUCUUCGGAGGAUAGAUUAGUGUGAUGAGACCAUUGUGCCACAGUUUCUGUGGGAGUUCAGGAGGAGUAACUUGUAUAGUAGGAAGUUAAGGUUUGCCAUUGUUUCUCUUGUUUUUGAUUAUUUCAAACGGUUUUGUCUUCAAAAGCUAUUUAGUUGUGAUCAAUGUGGAUGAAGUGUAUUUUGUGCUUAGGAGCAACAGAACUUCUUGGAUGAUUGAUUGUAUGGUUGGAGGGAGAUCUGUGAAUUUUGGUUUCUUUUCACAUGUGCUUCAUUUUUCAGCUCUCCCAAUCGGCUCUGCCUUUUUCAAUUGCAUUAUUUAUUCAAGACUUUAUUUUUCCUCUUUA